GCCCAGACAUCAUAUUUUCCAGCUCCUUGAUUUUUGCACCCAGUUUGUUGAAAACAUUACCAUUUUCAUUCUUCUGAAUUUCAUCGGAAAUCCCAGUUUUGUUUGCACGAUCGGCAAUUUCACUCAUUUUUGUUGAUCCAGCAACGGUGGAUCCCUCAUUCUUGCCAAUAGGAGGCGUUCUCAAAACUUUGGAGUUCCUUCGGAAAGGAUUCUCCGGUGUACACCCAAUGCUAUUUUCUGAAGCCAUAUUAUGGCAGGAAAAUAGUUGGGUACUCCUGUCUGUAAGUAUGUUCAGUCGCUGUCACUAACAAACCUACACGAAAUUUCAAUGGUUGGCAACGCCAAAACCAAAAGGAAAACGAAAAUGAAUAGGGAACAGCUGUUCGAUCAAAACAAACGGCAGAACAAAUUAAGUGCGCGUUUAAUUUGAUAGCUGUUUUUUAGGGGAAACAAUAUUUAAUUUAUUAUUAACUAAUUUGCCGCGAAAAAUGGGAUCUACCUGGUACCUCCAGUGUCCCGCAGGUCUUAAGCGCGCCAACUUGGCGGAUAAGGAAGUUGACACCUUAAAGGAUCAUUUAACCACCAACACAGACACCAGCACCACCACCACCAACACACCAGACAACGCUAAUAGCAGUAGCGACAUACCGGCCGACAUAGACGACUUGAGUGCAGCGGCCGCUAUCGUAUUAGCCGCCAACAGCAGCGGCGCCUCCGCCACAGACAGCAACACAAGCAUUACCACCAACACCAACACAACAACUACAAUCCCACCAAGCACCAAACUGCUUUCGCCCACCAGCGCUGCAUACAGCAGCAUAGCCGCCGCCGCUGCAGCGGGCUUCAACAGCCCGAAUAGUGUGCAUCAUAAUAAUAACAACAACACCAAAUUGUUGAAUAGUGUCGCUGCGGCGAUAACACUGCAUCAGAACGGUGGCAAUUUAUUGGCUGCCACAACGAAUACACCCUCUCCCUCGCCACCACUCUCCACAGACGGUUGUAGCAUUGCCGCUGCCGCUGCAGCUGCUGCCGCGUGUGGCAAUAGCAGCGUUUCACCGCUGAGCGCCGCCUUGAACGGCGUCAACGGUUGCCUCAAUCCAAAGCUAUUCUUCAAUCACGCACAACAAAUGAUGAUGGAAGCUGCGGCUGCUGCCGCCGCUGCUGCUGCAGCAGCUGCCGUACAACAGCAACAAUCGCCGCUACACUCGCCCUUGCAUGCGGCGCCACAUAUAGACGACGACGACGAUGAUAUGGAUGAGGAUGGCAGUCGCAGUGCUAGCGUUGUGGAUGCUAGCAAAUUGAUCACCAGUCUCACAGCGGAAAUGAAAUUGGUGAAGCGUGCACGCGACAAUGAGGACGCCGAAGAGUUGGAUGAGCACGACGACGUGGAUGCCGAUGAGAAUGCGAAUGCGCGCAAGCGUAGUCAUACAGCAACAAAUCAAAAGGAUGGGUUGGAGCAUGGUGUGGCUGCUGUUGAGCAAAAUGCCAAUGCGAGCGUAUGUGGUCAAAGAACUGAUGAUACUAGCCUAAAUGUUAGCAGUAGCGAUAGCAAUAAAGUAACUAGUUGUAGUGUAAACAAAAGUAAUUGUGCAAGAAAAACAAAAACCAAUGCGAUUGGCGAUGAUUGCAGUGGUAAUGCAGCUGUUGAUGAUGAUGAUGAGGAUGGUGAUGAUAAUGCCGAUGAACAUGCAAUGUCGCUGAGUGCAGCGGAAGUUAAGCGCAUGGAAAUUGAUGGCGGUGAAAGUGGUGAGAGUGGGAAAAUCAAUGCCACAAUUGGUUACUACGGUGGAAGUGCAACAAUUAAGUCGCAUGCGGUAGGAAACAAUCAUGCUGAAUUAUUAGCUGCCAAAGAUAAAGAGAUUAAAGCACUUAUCGAAGAGGUACAACGCCUGCGCACACUCGAACAAACACAACUCACACAAAUACAACGACUUGAAGAUCACUUAGAAGUGAAGCGUCAGCACAUAAUGCGCCUAGAAUCGCGUCUCGAUAGGGAACAAAUCAAUGCUGCGCACAGUGAAGCCAACUCAUUAGUAGAAACAACAACAGUUGUCGCUGCUGCGCCAGCGACACACAAUGUUGUACACAAUGUCGAUGAUGAAGAUGAUGAUGAUGAGGAUAGUGCAGCAGUUGUUGACACUACUGCUGACGCUGAGGCAGCGGUUGACAAAAUUGAUUUAACCACCACAACAGCAACAACUGAGUCGAAUGACGCCACAGAUGCUAAAGCUGAUUUCGCAGCUGAUCGCGAAUGUGAGCAGUUGAAUGCAGCGACAGCAGUAGAAGAAGAUGAAAAUGCAUCAACAAACACAACAAAAACAGCGACACAUGAUGAAAACAAUGGCAGCACAACAACAGCAACAACACUUGAAACAACACAAGUUGACGAGCUACAAAUCAAAAAGGAAAAUCACAGCAGCCCACUCGAUUUGGACGUGAUUAGUCAGCAAUCGGCUAUUGCUGCUGCUGCAGCCGCCGCCGCUGCCGCGUGCGCCAAUGAUCCGAACAAAUUCCAGGAAUUACUGCUUGAGGGCACCAAAGCGUUGGCGGCCGCCGCCAAUGCUGCCGAGGGAGCAGCCGUUCCAGCCAGACAAGAAAUGAAUAAUGCAGACGCCGACGCCGAUGGCGACGAAAUCGCGCCCAGUGGCAACAACAGUUUAGUAAACGACGACGACGAUGAAGCGUCGCCUGCAACGCAAAUUGCAGAAUUGUCUGACAUGCCAAAAAUACCAAAAAUCGAAAUUGUCGAUGACGAUGACGAUGCCGAAGCGCUUAGCGUCAACAUGCCGGCGCACGCCGAUACUGAAUCACUUGAGCGCGAAAGUCACACGGCAUAUGACAAUGCAACUGCCGAAGUGAACGCUGACAUGCAGCCGCCCACAAUCGACGUGGACGCUUUGGAGCCUGCUGGUAGCAAUGAAACCGUGCAGAAAUCCGAAUUGCAAGCGUUGCAACAGCAUGUUGCCGAUUCCACUGCAGCUGCUGCCGCCGCCGCUGCCGCUGCAGCAGUCGCCUGCUUCGAUGACAAUGUUGAUGCCUUUGGCACAUUGCUAGGCGAAGAGUUGGUGAGCUCUUAUUGGCGCGGCUUCAAAAUGCCCACGCCCACCACUAAUAAUAGCGGCAGCAACAGCAACAGCAGCGGCGCCAGCGCCAUUACCAAUAAAAUGUCAAACGCCAAUAAUAUGUUUGCCAAUCAGUUGUCGCAUCGUUUGCCGCCACCGCCGUUGCCACCACAUCAGCACCAUCUUGCUAUGCAUCAACACCAGCACUCCACAUUUAUGCCACAUCACAUGCAACAGCAUCACCUGCACCAACAACAGCAGCAGCAACAACAACACCAACAGCAGCAGCAACAAAAUGCCGCCGCUACGCAGCAACAUGGACCUUCGUCCACUGCGCUGCUCAGCCAAUUAGUUAAUUCCACAUUCUCAUCAACACCAACCACUUCUUGUUCUUCUUCUUCCUCCUCUCUACGUACAGAUGGCCUGCUGCCACCACCACAUCAUCUACAUCAUAGCCAUCAUGCGCAGCAAGGCAACACAAUUGGCGCAACAGCACCGCCACCACCACCAAUGCCGCCACAUCAUCACCUGCAUCAGCCACAUCUCAGCGCCGCCGAGGUCCAUCACAAGUCCAACAUGGAUGCGUUGCACAGCGGCAACAACAGCAAUCACGAGUUAUCAGCCAAUACAAGCGCGUCCCAUGCGCAGGAUGCACGCGAUGAACAACACGCUGUGCUCAACGGCAGCGCCAAGUCGCUAAUGGAGGACAACAAUAACACAUUAUGCGGCACACCAAAUGCGAAUGCGAACAGCGCCGCCGCCAUGGCUGCCGCUGCAAUGGCUGCACAACAGCAUCCCCACCUGCCACCCGGCUACUUGCAUGCGCUACCAUUCCAGUUUCAGGAACGCGGUCACUUCCGCUUCGCCGACGAUUUGCAGUUGCCGCCUGGCGCUUCGAUGGCUGGACGCCUCGGUGAAUCGCUUAUACCAAAAAGCGAUCCAAUGGAGGCUAAACUGCAGGAAAUGCUACGCUACAAUAUGGAUAAGUAUGCCAAUCAGCCGCUGGACACAUUGCAUAUCUCGCGACGCAUACGUGAACUGUUAUCGGUGCACAAUAUCGGACAGCGGUUGUUCGCCAAGUACAUACUCGGCCUGUCGCAGGGCACCGUCUCGGAGUUGUUGUCCAAACCGAAGCCGUGGGAUAAGCUGACCGAGAAGGGACGUGACAGCUAUCGCAAAAUGCACGCCUGGGGCUGUGAUGAUAACGCUGUGAUGCUGCUCAAAUCGCUCAUACCGAAGAAAGAUUCUGGUUUGCCGCCAUAUGGUGGACGCGAAGACUCCAUGUCCGAUGAUCGCAUCGCACACAUACUCAACGAAGCAUCGAGCAUGAUCAAAAAUUCCACACCGGGUUCGCUGCAACAGCAAUUGAAAGAAGCCGAACAGCGACAACUGCAACAGGAGCAUCAUCGGCGUUCAGCGCAUGAUGAGUCGCAGCACAGCAAUGAGGAUUCGAAAUCGCCACAUCCGCUCUGCACUUCGCCAUUCUAUAAGAGCAACAGCCAAUUGAAGCAGGAACAGGAGGCGGCCGCAGCAGCUGUAGCGCAACAGCAACAGCAUCGCUUGCGGCAGGAGCAAGAGUUGACGCCCGACAAGAUGGCGCGCAUCUAUCAGGAGUUUCUCAUGCGUACGCCACGUGAAGCCGCCUUCCCUAGUCUUCUGCUUUCACCUUUUUUCAGCGCGGCCGGUGGCAUGCCCAGUGGUUGUGGGCUACCCAACAUGAUGGCUGCCGAUGAGAAUUUACGCCUCACUUACGAGCGUGAAAUGGCCAAAUUGCAACAGCAACAACAACAGCAAACUGCUGCAGCCGCUGCCGCCGCUAGCAGCUUACCGAACUUCCCCAAUUUCUCCAACUUGAUGGCACUGCAACAGCAAGUGCUGAAUGGCGCACAGGAUCUCACACUGACGAAGGAUCCCAAGGACGCUAUAAAAGUAAAUGGACAGCGCGCCAUCGAACACUCCAGCAACUCGAUGGACUCACAGUGCGGUAAUAGCAACAGCAAUACGGCCACCAUGCCGGGUAAUAAUAACAUCGGCGGUAACAACAACAAUCCCAAAGACUUGCCCAACACAGAGAGCUUGGAGCGCCAUUCAAGCGCUGGUAUGCCGUUGCAUUCGCGCAAGCUAGAGAGCAGCGGUAGCAGCCAUACACCGGUGCCGCCAACAACUAGUAGCGCGUCUGUUUCAAUGCAUGGCGUUAGCAACUCUACCGCACCCAGUCCAUUGAGCAAUUCUAUUUUGCCACCCGCGAUGACAUCCAAUGAUGAUUUCUCCGCCACCGCAAGUCCAUUGCAGCGCAUGGCAUCUAUCACGAACUCGUUGAUCACACAGCCUCCCGUCCCACCACACCACACACCACCGCAGCGUCCCACCAAAGCCGUUUUGCCACCAAUCACACAACAACAAUUCGAUAUGUUCAAUAAUCUCAACACCGAGGACAUAGUGCGACGCGUUAAAGAAGCACUUUCGCAAUACUCCAUCUCGCAGCGUCUCUUCGGUGAAUCAGUACUUGGUCUUUCGCAAGGCUCUGUCUCCGAUUUGUUAGCACGCCCCAAACCGUGGCAUAUGUUAACACAGAAGGGACGUGAACCCUUCAUACGCAUGAAGAUGUUCCUUGAAGACGAGAACGCUGUACAUAAGUUAGUAGCUAGCCAAUACAAGAUUGCGCCUGAAAAGUUAAUGCGUACCGGCAGUUACAGCGGUACACCACAGAUACCACAAGGCCUGGCCAGUAAAAUUGGCGCUUCACUACCAAUGCAAAAAAUGAUGAACGAAUUGAAACUUCAGGAACCGACACAAGCCCAGCAUAUCAUGCAACAAAUGCAAGCUGCCGCCAUGUCCGCCGCAAUGCAGCAACAUCAACAGCAGGCACAAAGUCAGCAACAACAUGCUGCAGCCGCUGCCGUACAAGCAGCUCAGGCCGCGGCAGCCGCACAAGCAGCUCACCACCAAAGCAUGUUGUUGACUUCACCCGGACUGCCACCACAACACGCCAUCAGUCUGCCACCAACUGGCGCCGCUGGCAGUGUUGCUGGCCCGGGCACACCAGGUAGCGAUAAGAAACCAAUGAUGAUGCCAAUACAUUCGCCGCACCAAGCGAACGCAAUGCGUAGCAUGCACCAACAUAUGUCGCCGACCGUUUACGAAAUGGCGGCGCUUACUCAGGAUCUUGAUACACAAGUGAUAACUACGAAAAUCAAAGAAGCUCUACUUGCCAACAAUAUCGGACAAAAGAUCUUUGGCGAAGCUGUGCUUGGUCUAUCGCAAGGCUCCGUCUCUGAGUUACUCAGCAAACCAAAACCAUGGCACAUGCUUUCAAUUAAGGGGCGUGAACCAUUCAUACGCAUGCAAUUGUGGCUGUCCGAUGCUAAUAAUGUUGAACGCCUACAAGUGAUUAAAAACGAAAGACGUGAGGCUAGUAAGCGACGUCGCUCAACCGGCCCUAACCAACAAGACAACAGUUCGGAUACAUCUAGCAACGACACCAACGACUUUUACACCAGUUCCCCCGGUCCGGGUUCAGUGGGCUCAUCUGUUAGUGGCGCACCACCGAAUAAGAAGCAACGUGUACUCUUUUCCGAAGAGCAAAAGCAAGCUUUGCGUUUAGCUUUCGAACUCGAUCCAUAUCCAAAUGUGGCUACUAUCGAAUUUCUCGCCAAUGAGCUCGGUCUUGCCACGCGCACCAUUACGAAUUGGUUCCACAAUCACCGCAUGCGUCUUAAACAACAGGUACCACACAAUCAGCCCGGUGCCGAUAAUCCAAUACCCAGUCGCGAGAACACCAAUUCAACGCCUUUCGAUCCCGUCCAAUUCCGCAUUUUACUGCAGCAACGUCUACUCGAACUGCACAAAGAACGCAUGGGACUGAGUGGCGCACCAACGCUACCAUACCCGCCCUACUUCGCCGCCGCUGCGCUACUCGGACGCAGCUUGGCUGGCAUGCCAGGCGCCGCAGCCGCUGCCGCUGCUGCAGCAGCCAGUGCAGGCGGUGAACCCGACUUGCAUGCGCUCAAUCAAGCUUUCCGCGAACAAAUGCGCGGACUCGAUCUCACGAUGAGCUCUUUAAAACGUGAACGCAGUGUCGACUAUGACGACGAUCUCGACGAGAGUCAUCUCAGCGACAAUGAGUCACUAGACGGUGGUGAUGCCGGUGCCGAUGAUAAGUCCAACAGCGGCGAUUACAGAGAUGGCACAAGCACGCCGCGCACAACGCCACUCUCCACCGCCGCCAGCUACUUAAUGGGUGGACUAAAUGCAAAUAUGCGUAGUUCACGACGCAAGCCAGCCGCACCACAAUGGGUCAAUCCCGCCGGUCCAGGCGUCAGUACCGACACCAAUGGUAUCGUUGGCGCGACAAUGCCACAAACAAGCGCCGAACAAGAACGCAUCAUCAAUGGUGUUUGCGUUAUGCAACCGUCCGAUUUUAAUCGCAGCGAAGGUGACGAAAGCGCCGACGGAAAUGCGGAGGCGCAUAAACAAGCUGCUGCUGCCAACGUAGGCGAAAACGACGAAAAGCAGCAACAGCAGCGCUUCUUGGAACCGGAGGUGCGCAUCAAACAGGAGAAAGAGGAUUGUGACAGCGACAAUGAGACAACGUCGCUAAACGCAACGGCGCCAACAAGCGAAGAGAAGCUAAAAGUAAUCAGCGAAGACAAGUUGCGCAUGGUGCGCGUACAACGGCACAGUCACGAGGACGAUGUGGCGGCGACAACGAACAGCGCAGUGCCGACAACAGCAGGCGCAGCCAGCGUGUGGAAUUAUUAAUGCAACGUAAGCGCUUACGACGGCGUAUAGCUUUAAAGCUAAGCUUACGAAAGUUCACAUGUGGGCGCGUAACUUAAAAAUGUGCAAUCUGUGGUGUGAAGCGCGUUCACAAGCAUUAUGUCUGCGUAAUGUUACUUGUAAUGCGUACAGAAUUUUGUUUAUUCAAUGAUUUUUGUGUUUCUUGCUGAGAAAAUACGUAAUUAAUUUACAAAAUUUAAAGACAAUGCAGCGUUUCGACGAAAUAACGGCAUUUAAAUGCAGUCGUUGUUGAAUUUUUUGUUUUUUAUUUUUCUUGUAAUUUGAUUUGUGUAACUUUUGCCGACAAAGACUGUAAGCAGGUUUAGUAGUGGUAGUUGUUUUUCUUCAUUUUUUGUCUAGUUUAUAAUCGCUAUACUCUUAACGCAUUUUUAACACAUAAUUCUCUUCUCUUCAUCUAUACAUACUUAGUUUAAAGUGUAAAUAAUUAAUAUAUAAUAUUACAUACCGUAGUAGUGAACGCCCUGCCACCGCAACUGUAAAUAGUUAACAAAAUAAUAUAAAAAAAUAUAUAUAUUAUAUAUACAUUAAAUCAAGCAUUAAAAUUUAGUAAAAAUUAUAUACAAUUAAAAAGAGAUUACAAAUGUAAAAGAAGCUUUGGCGAAAGCGUCUUUUUGAUCUCAACAGUAAAAUCAAAGUAUAUUAAAACAAAACAAAAAGAAAUGGGAAGAAACCUUGCACGCGAAAAAUAUAACGCUAAUUAACAUGAAAAGCCAGCGUAAUUAUUAUUAUUUAACAUUUAGGCUGAGUAAUGUUUAAUAAAAAAUUAAUAAAUUAAAAUAAAAAAAAAAAUAAAAUUAUAAAUAAAUAAAAUAACAACAACAAAAUACAUAUUUAUAUGUUGAACGCCACAAAAAGUAUUUGUAUUAAGCGUAUGGCGGUGAAUAGCAAACCAAAAAUGGCAUUAAAGUGUAGCAUGUAGCAUAAGACUUAGAUAAAAACCGCAAAAAAUAAAUAUAAAUAUAUAUUAUAUAUAUAGACAUCUAAAUAGCGUAAAAGUAGUAAAUAAUAAAAUGGUAUUUAGCCUAUUAAAGCAGAUACAGGCAUACAUACAUAUACAAGUAUUAGUAUAUACUUAUAUUAUAUAUUAAUUAAAUAAUAUGUACGACAUUAAAAGGCAUUAAAGUUAGGCAACUGAGUUAAAGAAAAUUAAAAAAAAAAUUGUGAAAAAAAUUAAAUAAAAUUAAUUGAUAUAUGCGUAGCAGAGCAAAAAAUACACGAAACAACAAUAAAAGAAAUAAUUGAAAUAGCGUAAAUAGUUGUGAGGAUUUAGGUUUAAGACAUGAAAUACGUAAUUGUGUGAAAAUGUUGCACUUUCAAAGCAUUAUACGGCCAAUGAACGAAAAAAGCUGAAAUAAAUUAAAAUAGAAAAUAAUUAAAUAAAAAAAAAAUAAUUUGAAAUAAAAAAUAAAAACAAUAAGUGAAAAAUAUUAAUAAUAUAAUAAUUAAUAAUAAUAUUUAAAAAUAAAAUAAUAAAAAUAAAAAAAA